GCGUGUAUUUACUUCCGCGUUCACACGGCCACAAUCUGCCUAACAGGAGUAGAACAUCUCGAUGGUGAAACUCAAAUUAAUAGACGUAUUUCUGGAAAUUCUGGAUACAAUGUGGAUAAAAUGAAAGAUGAGUAAAUUUUUGUAAGAUGUAUUGAUGUAUAACCUCUAAAUUUACCAGUAAGCAAUAGCAUUGAUUGCUGGGUAAGGAAAGCCUUUUCCUUGUUGUGAGGCAAGCUAGCUGUCUAGCAGCAAGGCUGUACAUCUAGAUUUCUGUUGUGUUUAGUAGAAUAAGGCAAAACAGGCACAAGUCGACUUUGUCUCCAGUAGUGAUGGCAGCUUUCCUAAGUGGCCUAAGCAGAUUAGGAGGUGCCGUAGCUGAUCUUGUGGCACCAACUAGACCCACAGUUGAUCGCAGAACUCUCGAGAGAACAUGGAGAUGGAUGGAAAAGGUAAUGAGAUUGUGCCAACAUCCCAAAAUGAAGCUAAAGAAUAGUCCACCCUACAUUCUGGACAUCCUUCCUGACACAUACCACCACCUACGGACUAUCUGGACCAAGUAUGAAGACAAGGUUCAUGUUUUGAAUGAAAUAGAAUACUUUCGAAUCUUCGUUGAUAAUAUCAUGCGGAAAACAAAGCAAACAAUCAAACUUUUCAAAGACAAUAAAGAGAGGAUGUUUGACGAGUCCGCAACUUGUCGACGGGAAUUAAACAGACUGUCUUUGAUUUUCAGUCAUAAUUUAGCAGAGAUUAAGGCAGUCUUUCCAAAUGGUGUUUACAUCGAUGCACAUUUCAGAAUCACCAAACAAGAUGCGUCUGACUUCUGGAAAAAGAAUUUUGGAACAAGGACGAUAGUAACUUGGCGAGCAUUUCGGCAGACCCUUGCGGAAGUGCACCCAAUACACUCCGGCCUCGAAGCAAUUGCUCUAAAGACAACCAUUGAUCUAACAUGUAAUGAUUACAUAUCCAACUUUGAAUUUGAUGUGUUUACUCGGCUCUUCCAACCUUUUAGUUCCUUGUUGGUAAACUGGAACAGUCUGGCAGUGAAACACAAAGGAUAUAUGUCCUUUAUGACCUACGAUGAAGUUAAACAACGACUCAAUAAAUACAUCAACAAACCAGGAAGCUAUAUUUUUCGGCUCAGCUGCACACGUUUAGGCCAGUGGGCUAUUGGCUAUGUAACACAAGAAGGCAAUAUCCUACAGACCAUUCCCCAGAACAAAUCACUUUGCCAGGCAUUGAUUGAUGGCAACAAGGAAGGCUUUUACUUGUACCCCGAUGGAGAUGAUUUCAAUCCGGAUUUGACGAGUAUUUUAAUCAAACCACAUGAGGAACACAUACAUGUUUCGCAAGACCAGUAUGAACUAUAUUGUGAGAUGGGUUCCACGUUUCAGUUGUGUAAGAUAUGUGCCGAGAAUGACAAGGAUGUGAGGCUUGAGCCGUGUGGACACUUGCUAUGUACCCCUUGCCUAAAUUCCUGGCAGAUGCGAAUGCAUACAAACAAGGACAAUGAAAAUCAAGGCUGUCCCUUCUGUCGAUGUGAAAUAAAAGGAACAGAAAAAAUUAAGAUUGACCCCUAUGACCCCAAGAAGAUCACUGUGAUCAACAACCAGAAUACAGUGCAAGCAGAAUCCAGAGAUGAAAGGGAAAUUGAAGAUGAUGAUUGGUUGGAGGACCCAUCUCAUUGGACUAUUCCUAUAUCUACCAUGGCAACCAAUAGCGGUACAUCUAGCACCAUUACUACCACCACCACUUCUAGUAGCCCACUGAACACAUCAGAUACCUCCAAAAAAACCACUGCUACUAACAAGCCAUCUGAGCCAACAUAUGCUAUGCCCACCAGAACAAAGGACAAUGCAGCGAAAAGCGCUCCUGCUCUGCCACCACGAAGAUCACCUCCUAACAACUCACCAGAUAUAUCACCAAGAGCAUCAAUGAAACGAGUCAACACCAAUGGAACAGACUACAGGGGACCUGAACUUCCCCCAAGAAGAUAUGAUGAUUCUGAUCCAGAAAUUAGAGUUGAUGAAAUGUACCAAAAUACCACAGGUAUACUGAAUCAAGAUAAUUAUGACAUUCCACCAGCUACCAACCAAGCCUCCUUCAUUCCACGCGCCACUCUCACUCACAGUCAGUCAACUGAUGUUGCAUUAGCCAACCCAAUAUAUGAUGUGCCACCCCCAUCAUCUCGAAGAAUCAAUCGCAUUAGACCACAGUCAUGUACUAAUCCCUUCCAACAGUCCAUUAGUGACAUACGGGGUGAGUCUGACCAAACUGAUAUGGGUGCUAUAAACGCCCAGAGGAGUCAAGAAGAAACAAGUAAGCCCUCUUUCUCCCAAGUGGAACCGCUUUAUGUUAACACAUGCGGUCAACUACUUCACUCUCAUAUAAAUGCACCCAGUAAUAGCUCUAGUACGAAAUUAUCAUCAUCUGCUGUAACAACGUGUGGUAGCAAUACAGCGGCGUCAUCAUCUAUGUUAAGUUCUACCUACCAAAACCUCCAUGACUUGCCAACUACAUCUUCAUCCUGUACAGCCAAACCUCUAGUUCGUCGGACUCCAGAUGACUACGAUAUAGUGGGUCUUGGAUUGGUUGAGAAGUCCAAUGCUUCUAGGAUGCUAGCAAGACGUAAAGUACCUUCACCACCAGUUCAGUCACCAACAACAAAUACUUCACCACAACAUCCACUGACCCCUUCUCCAGAAAUACCUAACAAUGAACAUCCUACGCAGAACCUGAAUAUCAGGCCUUUACCAAAACCACCUGGUAGCGACGAGCAGCCAGCUGCUGCCAGAUCUGGUAGUAGCACGCCCUCACGUAUGGCCUCUCCAUCUCCAUCGCCGGUUGACAUCCUAAGCAGUGAGGGGUUCGAUCGAAAUAUGAUCCUUAAAGCUUUGAAAAUCACUGAAGACAACAUUGUCAUGGCUCGACAAAUUCUUUUGGAUUUUGCUAAAUAGCAGCAGAUUUGGUUACUGCUGUGUUAUGUGUAUGAACAUUAGUCCAAACCAGCAUCACAUAAUAAUGGGUUUUACAUAUUUGAUAAAUGUAGAAAUAAUAAUAGAAUUGGUAAUUGACACACAGGUUUUAAAUUGUUGUCAUGGAAUCUUUGUGAUUAUUUAGCAGAGUGUAAGCUUUGGAUUUACAGUCUAAUAUUUUUCUGAUUUAAAAAAAAAUGUAUUGUUCGCCCUCAAUGGGCAGUUUUAAUUUAAUAAUUUUGUUUAUUUUCUGCUGACUAUAGUUUAAAUUCAUUGAUUUAAACUUCUAUCUCUCCUAAAUCAUUAAAAAUGUUAAAUUUCCAACCCUUUUAUAGUAGUAUAUAGAUAAUUGUUCAUAUUUUACAAAUAGAUGUAAUUGAAUUUGUUGGUAAUUGCAAUGGAUUUUACCUAUAUGUGUAAGCGCUCGUGAAAUAACCAUCCUAACACAUACAUUCAAAUUAUUAAGGUGACUACAAAAUAUAGGAAAAAAGCUUUAGAAUAAUCUAAACUGUUUUUGUUAAAUUCAUAUUUGCCUCAACAACCCUGCAUUAAAAUCACCAUUAAAUUUUAGCCAGAUAAAUACGCUGAUCAAACAAUCAACAAGGAUUUAUAUAGCGCCAAUAUCCACAGCAGAAUGGAGUGUUCAGUGGCGCUUGACAAUGGCAUUACUCAAAAUGCACAUUAAGUACCUACUGAUGUUAAUUAACAAUGCUUGUAAGAUUAUGAAAAAUGAUUGGUGAUGAGUGAGGGAACAUUUUACACCCCAUUUUACCACUAUAACUUUACUUUUUACCACCUUAUUAAUUUUAUAUUCUUCCUACCACCCAGUUACAGGUUACUUUCUAUUGUUUGUAGGUUGUGUUUUAUUUUCUGGUGUUGUAAUUGUUUCUGUUUACAUACUUUAGUAAAUAUUUUCUUUAAAAAAAAAAUUUAGAAAGAUAAAUACACUGAUCAAACAAUCAACAAGGAUUUAUAUAUAUAUAUGUAUAUUAUAUUAUAUAUAUUUUACCACUAUAACUUUACUUUUUACCACCUUAUUAAUUUUAUAUUCUUCCUACCACCCAGUUACAAGGUACUUUCUAUUGUUUGUAGGUUGUGUUUUAUUUCCUGGUAUUGUAAUUGUUUCUGUUUACAUACUUUAGUAAAUAUUUACUUUAAAAUAAAAAAAAAAGCUUACAGUUAUUGAUGUGCAAUUUCAAUUUCUCAUUCAUAAAUCUAAACUUUAUAAAAUAACUGUAUUUAGGGAAUUGUUGCCUUAGGUCUGUUAUAUUUCAUGUAAUACUCUGUAUGGUAUAAAAUCUUUGAAUAAUGGAUACGAGUUGGAAUGAUACUUUAAGUAUUAGACAAUUGGUAGGUGCAGCAGUGACGCCAGAAUAUUGCCAACCAGGGAUCCAACCUCGGUCGACGACCCACAAUAAAAAAUCCUAGGUAAGAUUCACGGGGAGAGUUUUUAUAGAUUAGUAUCCAAAAUGCGCUUUUAGACCACAAUAAUAGAAAUUGGCAAUCAAAAUUAUGUUAUUUGGAUAGGCAAAUUAUUAAUUUUUUAUUCAUUUUUUAUCUUACAACCUGGUCAUGCGUCGGAUUACGGGUUCCAGGCCUGUCUGGGGGGUGGGGUGGAAUUCCCCCUGCUGGCACCACUACUGAGUAGGUGAUGUGCUCAUUCUGAGUAUGAUAUAUUGGUUGUUAGAUUACUCCUUGUUUCAAUAACUUAUUCAAUGUACCCUAAAUGUAACACCCAUCUGUUAUAUUUUGAGUACUCUAUUUUUGUUUAUAUAUAUAAACUUGUAACUGUAGUAUUAAAAAUAUACACAUACAGUAAAAAAGCAGCAAUUUAUUCAGGCAUUUAAUUGCUGAGGACAUAGACGUGCUUUUAGAAUACCCACCCUAUAGUAUUGCAACUGGACAAAAAUAGUAUUAUUUCUUAAAUAGGUUGUGUUUACAAAGUGAUUUAAUCUAGACAAAAUGCUGUAAUAAGAUGACUAUUAUUAUUGUACUUAUCAUCAUCAUCAUCAUUAUUAUUAUUAUAACAGUUCAUCCUCUAAUUCAAGACCUGCUUUGGAGCUGAAAUUAUGGGAUGGUCUCGGUCUCCAAUUAGAGGGUUAACUUUGUGGUAAAAGUUUUUUGGUCUUGAAUUAGAGGUCUUGAACUGGGGGUGAACUGUAUUAUUAAUUUCAUCAUUUUUGUUUAUUAUUAAGUAUGACUAGGUAAUUUAGCAUUAGGUGUAAGUACAUGUUUUGUUUAUUUAUAUUUUAUAGUGAAAUCUAAGAAUCAUAUCUCAAAGUACUUGUUCAGCCGUACAUUGUCUGUAUGAAGAAAGUUGAAAUGUCAAAAUGUAUGCAGUAUUUCUCCUUUACCCCUACCCUCCAAAUUCUUGUCUCUUUGAAGUUCACCUAAUUAAAACCCAUCUCUAUAUCUCUCCUCAUACCUGCAUUCUCCAUGUUGUCUAACCUAUCUAAUGGUGCUUCCAUGCAUUCAUCCUACUCACCCACCCCCUGCAUCCCUCUUUGAUUUCUGCACUUAAUUUCGAAGACAUAAUUUUGUGACCAUGGUCUCAUAAAUUGUCUUAAAGGGUAAAGUAUCAAUUGUUGGCAAUAUGGAGGGCUAUUAGCCCUUCAAGCAUGUAACCGCCAUUGAAAUUCAUAAUGAAAGUUUUUUCCAACAACCCUUAAUCAGUGAAUGCCAGUUCAACCUAUGUUUAAAUUUAGAGUUUAUAUUUUUAAUGUUUAUAUUUUUCUAAUUUUUGUUAUGAUUAUAAAGAGUUAUUUGUUCUGGUUUUUUUUUGUUUUUUUGUUUUGUUUUAAAAGAUGGUAAAUGAAUAAAAAAGUAUGGUUUACAAGGCAAUUAGGAAAUAUGUAUGCAUUUUUUGGUAGAAAAUUAUCAUAAUUAUUGCAUAUACAAUAUCAUAAUUAUUGCAUAUACAAUAUCCGAUUCUAUGUUUAGUUUCUGGUAUUGCAAUUAUAAAAAAAAAAAUGAAUGAUGCUAGGAAUGUGUAAGUAUUGGUUGUAGCUGUUCUAGCUCCAUAACAGUUUGUCGUAUUUGUGUUAUGUAAUUGCAUGCAUCAUCAACAGAUCAACAUAUCAUAUUUUAUUUCUUACUCUUAACAUUAAUACUUACUGUCAGUUGGUCAAUAUAUUAUAUUUUGUAUAUUUGUUUUAUGUUGACGAAGAUAGAGAACCAACACCUGAAAUAAAAUGGGUAAAAUUUUGGGAUCACAUUGUGACAUGAUUUUGAUCUUGUCACAGUGCUAUUACAAACACAUAGUGAUAUAACUGAUCAUAUUGCAAAAUGAUUGUGAUCAUAUUGUGAGAUAAUUUUAAUCAUUUUGUAACAUGAUAGUUAUUUUAUUGUAGCAUGAUUGUUGUCAUAUUGUUACAUGAUUGGAAUCAAUUAUGACAUAAUUGAGAUCAGAUUGUGAGAUUUAUUGUGACAUAAUUGUGAUUUUCAUAUUGUGAUAUGAUGGUUGUCAUAUUGUGAUCAUGUUACUUGAUCUUUAUAUUGUGAUACAAUAGUGAUCAUGUUGUCAGAUCAUAUUGACAUGAUUGUCAUUAUAUUGUGAUCAUGUGUUACAUGAUCUUCAUAUUGAGAUCAUACUGUGACAUGAUUGUGAAGAUAUAGUGAUCAUAUUGAGAUUAUAUUGACAUGAUUGUGAUUGUCAUAUUGUGAUCAUGUGUUACAUGAUCUUCAUAUUUUGAGAUCAUAUUGUGACAUGAUGUAGUGUGAUCACAUUGUGAAAUUACAUUGUGACAUGAUUGUGAUUGUCAUUAUAUUGUGAUCAUGUGUUACAUGAUUGUCAUAUUGUGAUACAUUAGUGAUCAUAUUGUGAUGAUAUAGUGUGAUCAUAUUUUGAGAUUAUAUUGACAUAAUACAGUAUAUUGUGACAUGCUAGUGAUCGUACUGCAUCAUAGUGAUCAUAUUGCAAGAUUGUGACCAUUCUGCGCUGCGUUUGGUCAUUUCCUUUUUUGUGGUGCAUAUUUUGACAUUUCACUGCAUGUAAAGUAUUUGACUUUUCUAUAUUUUUGUACAAAUAUUGUAUAUGCAAGCUUGUUUCCUGUGUUAUCCAAAAUCAAUCGGAUUGUUGUGAUAAAUAUUAUUUAGUACAGUAUAUUUUUUUUGUAUUAACAGUAUGCUUCCUGCAUUGUGAAAUCUGCAAGUAUCUUCAAUCCCUUCAAGAACUUCUGCUUUAGCCAACAGUCGAUAGACACACAAAAUUUCACAAUUCACAUUUAAAAGUGAAGUGUUGACAAUUUUAUUGUAAAUACCUUUUCCUUAAAAGCAUUGCUUCAUUAACUUGGUGUAACCACCAGUAAUUGUUUUAUAGUGAAUAAAUGUUGUUUAUUAAUAUGACAUCACUUUACAAAUUUAAUAUAAGAUUUGAAAAGAAUACAAUAUUAGUUGCAGGUGCAACUAAUCAAGAAUUAGUGUAUCUUCAUAUUGUCCUAUUGUAUUUCUAUUUAGAGUAAUACCAAAAUAUGUCAGCAAUGAUGAGGUGAUUCCAUGAAUAAUUUAGGGGUGUAAUUAUGUGUGGAGGCUGAUGUAAUACCAUAUCUCUGUUUUUUUGAGUAAUUGUUGCGUACAAAUGUAAUACCAUCAAAGAAAUACAAUAAAUUGCUAUUUAUAUGCUCAA